AUGGCCUCCACCCGACCUCCAGCGCCUGAAGUGCAUCAGGCUGUGAAUCUCUUGAUCGAUAACCUCGUCAAUAUCAAAGAUGAAACUGGCAAAUUUCUCCUCCACCUCCCCGACGGUCGCGUUAUAGACACCAAAUCAUGGCACGGAUGGGAGUGGACGCACGGUAUCGGCCUAUACGGCGUUUGGAAGUACUACGAGAUCACGGGCGACGAGAGGCUGCUCAAGAUAAUUGAAGAUUGGUUUGCAGCACGCUUCGCGGAGGGUGGUACCACCAAAAACAUCAAUACGAUGGCCGUGUUUUUGACCCUCGCAUACGUCUAUGAAAAAACUGGCAAUGUGACAUAUUUACCUUGGCUCGAUGCCUGGGCUGAAUGGGCAAUGCAUGAGUUGCCUCGAACCCGCUUUGGUGGUAUGCAGCACAUCACAUACAUCACUGAGAAUUAUCAACAACUCUGGGAUGAUACCUUAAUGAUGACGGUGAUGCCGCUGGCCAAGAUUGGGAAGCUCCUCAACCGCCCCGAAUACAUUGUCGAGGCGAAGAAGCAGUUCUUGACACAUAUCAAAUACUUAUUUGAUACUAAGACCGGAUUGUUCUUCCACGGAUGGACUUUCGAAGAUGGUGGACAUAACUUCGCUGAUGCGCGAUGGGCACGAGGCAAUAGCUGGGUGACGAUUGUGAUCCCUGAAAUUAUUGAGCUACUUGAUUUGGAGCCUACCGAUCCGAUCCGUCAGCAUUUGAUUGAGACUCUUGAAGCGCAAUGCGAAGCUCUCCAACGUCUUCAAUCAGAAUCUGGGGGCUGGCAUACUCUCCUCGAUCACCCGGACUCAUACCUCGAGGCGUCCGCUACAGCAGGAUUUGCGUAUGGAAUUCUGAAAGCCGUUCGAAAGCGAUAUAUCGGGACGCAAUACCGAUCUGUCGCUGAAAAGGCUAUCCAAUCUGUUCUCAAAGAUGUUGAUCAUACGGGUGAGCUUCAGAAUACUAGCUUUGGCACUGGAAUGGGAGACUGUCUCCAAUUUUAUAAGGAUAUUCCCCUGACUUCAAUGCCUUAUGGGCAAGCGAUGGGAAUUAUGGCACUUGGCGAAUAUCUGCGCACAUAUCUUUAG